UUACAGAUGACCACUCCAGCUAUUCAGAAUGACUUCAGCUAUUACAGAAGAACAGUUAGUCGUCAGAGGAUGACGAAUGAGGAUGGUGAGGCUGGUGAAACUGAAGUGUCUAAUGAAACGGCUAAUCGGAUGUCACUAUUUUACGCCCACGCCACACCAAUGUUAAAGAUGUUAAGUGACACUACAACCAAGUUUGUGACGCAGCACAAAGACCUCCCUGUUGAGAUCACCACUGACUGUCUCAGUACAAUGGCCAAUAUUUGCCGGGAGAUGAUAGAAAAUCCAAACUACUGCUCAAGGUUCAAAAAUGAAGAGACGAAGCUAUUUUGUUUACGGGUGAUGGUUGGGGUAAUAAUUCUGUAUGACCAUGUACAUCCUGUGGGGGCAUUUGCCAAAAAUUCUGGUAUUGAUGUAAAGAGUUGUAUAAAACUUCUAAGGGACCAACAGAAUGACAAAGUGGAAGGAUUAAUGAAUGCUUUACGGUUCACAACUCGGCACUUGAAUGAAGAGUCCACCUCUCGAUCUAUCAAAAGCAUGCUGGUGUGAGGAUGGGGACAGAGGAGAGAGGAGUGGGUAGGUACUGAGAGAACGUGUGACGUUCUGAGAGAACGUGUGACCUGCUUCAUUUCCCCGGCAACACUUUCUUUAACCAAGUUCUUCACAGAGUAAACUCUGUCAGACUUCAUUCCAAUUUCACAGAUGAAGCACCGCUUCAACGUUUUCCUUGUAAGAAAUAUCCCUUGAUAAGCUACCCAAGCAAUUCACUUUGAACGAACUUUUCGCAGAGGUGGUGAAUAUGAGUCAUGAAGAUGAAUUAGGGAAGGACGAAACUAUGGUGCAGGUGAUAGAUGAAUUAAAAAGGGAGGAAAAGCAGAUAUCACAGGAGUUGAAGGAACUGAAGGAACUGGAAAAACAGAUGAAUAAAGAUCUAAAGGCAGGUAUGAGCAAGUUAGAAGAGUUGGAAAUACCCGAGCUAAAGGAACUGGAAACUCUGGAGCUGAAAGAACCUGAAGAUCUGGCGAUAGCUGAAUUGGAUGAUCUAGAAGAACUGGAAGAACUGGAAGAAAUGGAGAUACCUGAGCUGAAGGAACUGAAGGAAGAUUUAGAGGCAAGUGAGAUGAAGGAACUAGAUCUCGAAAUACCGGAGCUAAAGGAGCUGGAAGAUCUGGAGAUAAAUGAGUUGAAAGAUCUGGAUGAUCUGGAGAUAAAUGAGUUGAAAGACCUGGAUGAUCUGGAGAUACCUGAGCUGAAAGAACUGGAAGAUUUGAAGAUAAUGGAUGACACCGAACUGAAUAAAGAGAUAGAAGACUUGGAGUGUUUGAAGAAUUGGCGGCUCCACUGUUGAAAAAGAAAUGUCAAAUCUGUUUAAGUUUGCAAUGGCAGUGUUAAAGUAAUAUCUUUGGUUUCAUCCAAAGAUUGGUUUCGUCAGAAAAUAUAAUUCGGAAUGUGAAAGUAUAUUCAUUGUUCAAGAUGUAUUUCAGUCGAUAUAAAAGUUAUAAAGAUUAGAUUUGCGCAUA